UGCGCAGGCGCGGGUCGCCCAAGGGCGGAGCUGGAGGCGGAGCUGAGGAUGCGGGCCAGAAAGGACCGGCAGAGGGGGCUCCUGUUACUCUUCCUGGGGGUGCAGCUGCUGCUGCUGGGCGCCUUCCUCUACCACAACCACCGUCACCACCGAGGCUUUGACUCCUUCUGGGGCUUCCUCGGGCGAGGCCAGCAGGCUACGGUGGCAGUAGGAGACGAGGUGCCCUUCUGGGCCCAGGACUCCUUCUUGGGCAUGCCGGCUGGCGACGUGUACUCCAACCUCAGCCAGAUCCGGCCCCUGGACCUCAGCGAGGAGGACCUGCCCAGCUGCCCUGUCAUCUCCCCCUACAUCAACGGCCCCCUGAAGGUGCUGAGCCCAGAGAACCUGACGCUGGAGCAGGUGGCUGAAAAGAACCCACUGGUGGAGCCAGGGGGGCACUACCGGCCCCCCGACUGCUGGACGCGGCACCACACGGCGGUGGUGGUGCCCUACUCGGGGCAGGCCCAGCAGCUGCAGCAGCUGCUCUUCCACCUGCACCCCUUCCUGCAGCGCCAGCAGCUGCACUAUGCCAUCUACGUGGUCAGCCAGGUGAACAACACAGCCUUCAACCGGGGCAAGCUGCGAAAUGUGGGGUUCUGGGAGGCCAUGCAGGAGGAGGACUGGGACUGUGUCUUCUUCCACGACGUGAACCUGCUGCCGGAGGACGACCGCAACCUCUACGUCUGUGACAUCUUCCCCACCCACGUGUCCGUGGCCAUUGACAAGUUCAACUACAAGCUGCCCUACCGGGGCUACCUUGGAGGGGUCUUUGCCCUGCGGCCCAUUCACUACCUGAGGAUCAACGGCUUCCCCAACACCUACUGGAGCUGGGCCCGCGAGGACGAGGACAUCGCGGCCAGGGUGAUUGCUGGGGGCUCGCGGUGCCUGCACUACGAAUCCACUGCUCCUGGAGACCAUUUUUUCUCCUUUUGUUGCCCUUGUUGUCUAUCGUUAUUAUUGUUGUUAAUAUUAUUGCUGUCGUCGUUGUUGGAUAGGACAGAGAGAAAUGGAGAGAGGAGGGGAAGACAGAGAGGGGGAGAGAAAGACAGACACCUGUAGACCUGCUUCACCGCCUGUGAAGCGACUCCCCUGCAGGUGGGGAGCCGGGGGCUCGAACCGGGAUCCUUACACCCGUCCUUGUGCUCUGCGCCACGUGCGCUUCACCCGCUGCGCUCCCGCCUGGCCCCCUGCCCUGGAUUUCUGAGGGGGACCUGGCUGCAGUGAAACGAGGGGCCUGGGCUGUGGCUCUGGGGGGGCACCCUGAUGGAGGAGACUGGCAUCUGGCCCCCCCUGGCCCCCCAAGGCUGAAACUGAACGGGAUGCUCCUCUCUCGGCCUCACCUGCUCUUCGGCCGCUACCACAUGCUGGAGGGGGAGGACCCCAGCCGGGAGCGGAGUCAGAGGUGAGGGGGCGGCGGGCGCCCGGCGGGCAGGGUCCCUAGGCCCGGCCUCACUCACCCGGCUGCCCCUCUGCCCCUCUGCCCAGCCCUGGCCCAGUGGCCCCCGGCCACCGGCUGUGGCGCCACAACGGCAUGAACUCGGUGGGCUACAGGCUGCUCUCCAAAGACCUGCAGCCCCUCUACACCAACCUCUCCGUGGACAUCAACUUCUUCACCCCCGAAGGCCCAG